CGUAGAAGAUCCUUGCGUUUGUGUUUUGACAGAGCAGUGUUUGUUUACGUCGAGAGAAAUACGUAUGUAGCCAGCUGCUAAAAAUAAAAGCGGCACGUAGACUGAAAAGAAUAAUAGCAUUAAAAUGAUUGGAGAAGACGUUCAUAACGCUGUACUUUUGAACCGUGAUAACGGUAGUGUUCCCAUUUGCUCUGACUCCAGACCAUCUGAAAUUAUUGCGAAAUUGCAAGAUGUUUAUGAAAAAAUCUUAGAAAGCGUUGACGAAGAUGCUGAAGUAGAUGCAUUGAAGUUGAAGGUCUCAACUCUUCAGUCCUGGGUUAAAGAUUUGACGGAACAGAAUAUGCUCCUUGUAGAGACCGCAGAACAACUAGAGAAAGAAGCAGCUGAACGGGUAUCCUUACUAGAAGAACGUAUACGACAGACAUCACAAGCGGCGUUGAAAUACAUGACUAAGUUGCAAGAUUAUGACAACCAAGUUCAAGAUUUGGCUGGGCAAAAGAUAAAUCUUGUGAGCAUGACUCUGUCCCAAGAACAGCUUCAGACACGUGUAAGCAAUCUCCAGAAUGACAUAAAAAAUCUUUUGGAUCUAAUUCAGCGAGCUAAAGAGACGGGCUCUUGGGACUUGGAUAAUCUGUCUUUCAAGGAAGUGGUGUGGGAUGAUAAUUUUGUUGGUACAUUAUCAGUGGAGCAGCCUCAACAAUAUACCUCUGCAGAGCAAAAAAUAGGAAAUAAAGCAUCAGUGUCAGAUUUUGAGGAUAAAGUUGUGAUUCAAAAUUACCAAUCACAAAUUUCUCUAUGGAAAAGUAAGGCGUUAGAAGCAGAAGCGAAGAUAAAAAAACUAGAAGAAGAUGCCAUCAAUAAAAAAAAUACUCUGAGUGACUUGCAACAGCAAUUUGCAGAAAGUCAGACUUGCUUGGAUUCAACACUCAAGGAGAAUGAGAAAUUGUGUUCUCAGAUAAAGGCACAUGUGGAACAGAUGUCUUUAAAAGAUAAAGAAAUUGAAAAAAUCAAGAAAACUAUACUUGAUAUGGAAAGGUCUUCCAAGGAUGAAAGGGCAGCACUAACAGCUGAAGUAGCUGAAAAACAUGACGAAAUCAGAUCACUGACUGAAAAGAAUAAGCAGCUUGAAAAUCGAUGUCGAGAUGCAAAUAUGCAAACUCAGUUGAAAGAUGACAUUAUAAAACAGAUGAGGAAGGAUAUAAAACAGUUAAAAACGGAGACGGAAGGACAUUGCAUCUGCAAGAACCAGACGUCUCCGGAAAUGACGCUCCAGGUGACUGAUGGGAAGGACUCAGAGAAAACAACUGAAACUGUGGAUGCACGGAUUUUUGAUGAACAGACUCGGAUACACAUUACUCACAGUAUAAAAGAGAGUACACCGGAAACAAACCCCGCCGAAGUUGACAGUUUGAAGAAAGAAUUAUCAGAUACAAAAGAAGAAUUAGAAUCAUUGAAACUAAAUCAAAAGUCAAAGGAUCAGAUGCUUGCAAAUCAAAUGGAAAUGCUCAAAGUGCAACAGGAUACACUGAAUAUGACUCAGGCUGAGUUAAAGGAAGCACAGGAGCGUAUCAAAGAACUUGAGAAUAUGAAGAAAUCAGCAGAAGAUUUGUCUAAAGAACUUAAAGAUAAAAGUGAAGAAGAGAAAGCACAAAAAGAAGCUCUUGCAAAAGCUGAGAAGAGGAAUGAAGAACAGCAAGUGACCAUCAAAAAUCUUCAGGAGGCCUUACUGUCUACAAAAAAUCAGCUGGAAGAGCUCCAAGGAAAAGGAACAGUGGAAAUUAAUAUGAAAAAUGACACAAUAAAAGCACUUCAUUUGGCACUGUCGGAAGCUGAAAACCAAUAUAUAGAUUGCUAUGGGGAGGUGGUGAUAAAAGCAAAUACAGUGAAGAAUCUGAAGGAAUCAAAUCUCAGCCUCCACUAUCAAAAUGACAUACUACAACAGGAAUUGUGUCUUCUGGGAUUUUUUUUAUCUGAGUUCUUUAUUGAACUCAGUAUGACAAAGGAGGAGUUGAAGCAGGAAAAUAAGAAACUAGAACAAACCAUAGAAAAACUAGAAAGAAAGGUCUCUGAAAUACAAAACUCGCUUGAUGAAACUGAAGAGAAAUACGAAAAGAUUGAAGAAAAUAACAGAAAGUUUCAGUAUGAAGUUAGUCUUAUGUCGCAACUGAAGGAAAUAUCAGACCAGAACAAUAUAGUGUUGGCAGCUGAGAUUAAGAAUUUAAAUGCAGAGAUUAACAAACUUCAGAACCAAUUACAGAGAAGAGAUUCAGAGGUAGGUUCUCUGCAACUAGCUCUAAACAAAGAGAAGAACAGUGUGCAGCACUCAAAGAAAGCAUAUGGAUUUGCAAAUGAAACUUUAAAAUGUUAUCUUGUGCAAACUGAAUCUCUGUAUAAAAUGAAAGACAUACUACAAGAAAAGAGUAAAAACCUAGUAAGCCAGAAUAAUAUUCUGCAAGAAGAAAUUAGUUCCCUGCAAAAAGAGCUUAAUGGGGCAAAUAUGUACUGCAAUGAGGUCUGCAGAGAGUUUUUGGCUACUGUUGAAUUUGUUCACCAGUGGAUGUUAAAGAGACAUACACUGCAGAGUAGGCUUACAGUAAAUCUUCAGCGAAAAUUAUAUGUAAUUAAAAAUCUCAAAAGGGAAAGGAAAUGUCUUAGAAGAACUGUGAAUACAUUACACAACAACGUGCGGUAUCUAAAACAGAAGCUAUGUGAAAGUAUUGGCCAUUCCAACAUGAGAUGUUACACUUGUCCAGUUAUAAAAGUGCUACAGAAAUGCCGUUCAUCUACAGAGUAUUACCCAAAUAAAUCAUGGGAGGUGUGAAAAUGCAGUAAGAUUGUGCAAAUACUGUAAGAUACUGACUAUGGUGUCAUGUCAUUCAUAUUUUGACAGAACUGACUGUCUCUUCAAGUAGCAAAAUUUGAAUAUAGUGUGAAGUGAAUAGUUGAAACGCUUGUCUUAAUGUGUUCAACAUAUUUAUGGGAGUUCAAGAAGAGUGAUUUUUAGGUUAGGAACAUUAAAUAGGUACCAGAUGUGUUUAGUGUUACCGAUAUUAUUAAGCAGUGUGUUUAUUAUCAAAGGACUAAUAUCACACAAAAUCUACAUAAAAAUAUAUAAAACACAUUAUAUUUUACAUAAUUUAUG